AUGGUUUACUACUUCACAUCUAACGUUGUUGAGCCGGCCGCGUUCAUUUAUGUCGGCAGGGACAAGGAGGAAAAUGAGGACUUGAUAAAAUAUGGACUGGAGAGUGAUGUAUGGGUUCGUACACCCCGCAUUCCCAACAAUCCGCCAUUCUCGGAUUUCCAUGUCGACAAUCUGUCGAGUGCACAUGUCUACCUUCGCCUUAAUGAAGGCCAAAGUUGGGAAAAUAUCCCCCAGGACUUGCUCGAAGAUUGCGCGCAACUCACAAAGGCCAACUCUAUUGAAGGAAACAAAAAGGAUAAUGUAACGAUCAUAUAUACGCCAUGGUCAAAUCUAUUAAAGACGGCUUCGAUGGCGACCGGCCAGGUCUCUUUCCACAACCCGAAGCUGACCCGGAAAAUAUUUGUCCCUGCACGCCAGAAUCCAAUCGUAAACCGACUAAAUAAGACUAAAAUUGAGAAGUUUCCCGAUCUCAGAGCUGAAAAGGAAGAAUAUCUUUCGAAAAUUAGGAGAGAAGAGCGAAAGCGAAGAGAGGAGAAACGUGCCACUGAGAAGAGAGAACGCAAAGAGAGGGAAGAGCUGAAGUGGCAAAAGGAACAUGCCUACGAUGACCUAAUGAACGAAGAGAACGUUCAGCAAAGCAGCAACCAGAAUCGUGACGAAAGCUAUCUGGAUGAUUUUAUGUGAUAGGGGCUAUACCAGCAAAUUAUUUUCCUUGUGGCUUUUCUCAACCGCCUCAUCCUCGUGCAAUGUCGGAGGAGCGAAAGUUGAAUAGCCGCAUUUCGAAAUGGAUGUAUGCAAGAGCACCGGCAGUUUUUCAAUCUAGAGCCCUCUACUCUAGGGCUACAGAAUGCAUAGAUAUACCCAACAUCCCAACCUAUCUCCUUUCUUAUUUCUUCGCUAUGUAUACCCCUCUCGUCUUCCUUGAAAGGAGCUAUACCUGGAUUGCUGCAUGGGCUGAUCCUCUUGCCACACAGCCAAUCCAAUAUAUGGAUGCUACCUAAAGCCGAAAUGAUAAUCGAGCAAUCAGGAUCACGAGUAUACUGCUUAGUUUCAUGCAAUAUCUGUGCAUGCUGUUGAGGCUGGGGGCCUACUGGGGAUGUGCUAGAGGAGUAGAUCGGGGAGAGCACACGGUUUUGAUAUAUGUUGCUUUCUCAAUAAAUGGUGCCCACAAAAGCUGGAAGGUCUCUUGUAAAUGGGAUAGAUUCUUUGGUGAGAACAUAUUGAUCUCGGCUGCAAUUUUUAAUGUCACCCUCUGGGAUUUUUAAUGCCUAUAAAGGUGGUUAUCGCUGUG